UAUAUUACGUCAAACUAUUAUCACACGUAAUAAAUACUAUUUAACAAAAAAGAUAGAGAUAUACUGUUCCGUUUUUUAAAGUGCCAAACAGCCCUAUAAUUUUCACUUGCUUCCUUUUCUGGUCGACCAAACGGAAAACCACUCAAAGUGAUCAAAUAAUGCGUCUCCUGUGAUGCGUUCCUGCGAAAACCCACCUAAACCCCCAUAGCUCUCCAUCAAUUGAAAAUUUUCCAAAAACCCUAAAAAUUUAAAUCAAAUCGCACAAUCAUGAAAAAGCUCCGUUCUUUACUCCGCGAAAUCUCUCGCGCUAAACCACCAUGGAAACAGCAUUUCCACACUUACUCCGCGGUAGAUUUUGCUAUCUCCAAUGAAGUGUUAACCAUCAUUGACAGUGUAAAUCCCAUUGAACCAGCUUUAGAAUCUAAAGUUCCCUUUCUCUCUCCUAGCAUUGUCACUUAUAUAAUUAAAAACCCACCAAAUUCUCUUUUGGGUUUUCGUUUCUUUAUCUGGGCAUCUAAAUUUAGGCGACUCCGAUCAUGGGUGUCUCAUAAUAUGAUAAUUGAUAUGCUCAUUAAAGAUAAUGGUUUUGAAUUGUAUUGGCAAGUUCUGAAAGAAAUAAAAAGGUGUGGUUUUUCGAUAUCGGCUGAUGCAUUUACUGUUUUAAUUCAAGCUUAUGCGAAGAUGGAUAUGAUUGAGAAGGCUGUGGAAUCUUUUGAAAUGAUGAAGGAUUUUGAUUGUAAGCCUGAUGUUUUUACUUAUAAUACGGUGUUGCAUGUUAUGGUGCGUAAAGAAGUUGUUUUAUUAGCUUUAGGGAUUUAUAAUAGAAUGUUGAAGCUUAAUUGUUUGCCCAAUAUAGCUACAUUUAGUAUUUUGAUUGAUGGGAUGUGCAAGAGUGGAAAAACUCAGAAUGCACUUCAAAUGUUUGAUGAAAUGACGCAAAGAAGAAUUUUGCCGAAUAAGAUUACGUAUACUAUAAUUAUUUCAGGUUUGUGUCAAGCUCAAAAGGCAGAUGUUGCUUAUAGAUUGUUUAUUGCAAUGAAAGAUCAUGGGUGCAUUCCUGAUUCUGUCACAUAUAAUGCUUUGCUCCAUGGGUUCUGUAAGUUGGGUAGAGUAGAUGAGGCUCUUGGUCUUUUAAAGUAUUUUGAAAAGGAUAGAUAUGUGCUUGAUAAGCAAGGAUAUAGUUGUUUAAUUGAUGGGUUAUUCAGGGCUAGGAGAUUUGAAGAUGCCCAAGUUUGGUACAGGAAAAUGACUGAGCAUAAUAUUAAGCCUGAUGUUAUCUUGUACACUAUAAUGAUGAAGGGAUUAUCAAAAGCGGGGAAGUUUAAGGAUGCCUUAAGGUUGUUGAAUGAGAUGACUGAGAGAGGUCUAGUUCCUGAUACUCAUUGUUAUAAUGCUUUGAUUAAAGGUUAUUGUGAUCUUGGUCUCUUGGAUGAGGCAAAAUCACUUCAUCUUGAGAUUUCAAAGAAUGAUUGCUUCUCUAGUGCCUGCACUUACACCAUUCUCAUAUGUGGUAUGUGCAGAAGUGGGUUAGUUGGGGACGCACAGCAAAUAUUUAAUGAGAUGGAGAAACAUGGAUGUUAUCCUUCUGUAGUUACAUUCAAUGCUCUUAUUGAUGGAUUUUGCAAGGCUGGCAACAUUGAGAAAGCUCAACUUUUAUUUUACAAGAUGGAGAUAGGGAGAAAUCCUUCUUUGUUUCUUCGUCUUUCUCAGGGUGCCAACCGGGUCCUUGACACUGCAAGUCUGCAAACUAUGGUGGAGCAAUUGUGCGACUCAGGAUUGAUUCUCAAGGCAUACAAUAUUCUCAUGCAGCUUACUGAUAGUGGGUUUGCACCUAACAUCAUAACCUAUAACAUUCUGAUUCAUGGUUUUUGCAAGGCAGGCAAUAUUAAUGGUGCUUUUAAGCUCUUUAAGGAGCUUCAGCUGAAGGGGCUGUCACCUGAUUCUGUGACAUAUGGAACUCUUAUAAAUGGACUUUUAAGUGCUAACAGAGAAGAGGAUGCAUUUACAGUGUUGGAUCAGAUAUUGAAGAAUGGCUGUACACCAAUUACAGAAGUUUACAAAUCGUUUAUGACUUGGUCGUGUAGGAGAAAUAAGAUUACACUCGCUUUUAGUCUUUGGUUGAAGUAUCUGCGGAGCAUUCCUGGCCGAGAUAGUGAAGUACUAAAAUCAGUAGAGGAAAAUUUUGAGAAGGGAGAAGUGGAAGAGGCAGUUCGAGGCUUACUUGAGAUGGACUUUAAGUUGAAUGAUUUUCAGUUAGCACCUUACACCAUUUGGUUGAUUGGGCUAUGUCAGGCAGGAAGACUAGAAGAAGCUCUAAAGAUAUUUUUUACUCUUGAAGAGCACAAUGUUCUUGUGACUCCUCCAAGUUGUGUGAAGUUAAUAUAUAGAUUACUCAAAGUUGGGAAUUUAGACCUUGCAGCAGAAAUUUUCCUUUACACAAUUGACAAAGGUUAUAUGUUGAUGCCACGUAUUUGCAACCGACUACUUAAGUCUCUUCUUCGUUCUGAAGAUAAAAGGAAUCGUGCAUUUGAUCUUCUAAGCAGAAUGAAGUCACUGGGAUAUGAUUUGGAUUCUCACCUUCACCAAACUACAAAGUUCCUUUUGCAAGGUGAUGCUGGACAUCAAGCGAGCUUAAAGAUUAACUUUCUCUCUGAAUCAUAUUUCAAGAUGGUUCUAAGAUGACUUGGAAAAUUUUCUGAUCUUGUUGAUUGAGCAGUGUGCAUGCUCAUUACAUUCCUGGCUUCCAUCGAAAAUGCUAUUGUUUUGGGGGUGCUAUAGUAAACUAUAGUACUGCUUAGGCAUUACAGAAUGGAGAAGUGCAGCUUAGCACUGGCAGUAUGAAGGAAGUGUAUUAAUGAGGCUGAUCUGCCAUGACUGGGAUUAAAGCUCAGUUGAGUUUGGUAUGGUAUAAAAAAAUUGUCAUUCCUACUGCAUGCUCACUCUGCUUUUGCCAUCCAGACAGUUGCUAAUUGUUGUAAAUCAAGAAGCCCAUUCCAUUUACUGACCCUUUCCUGACCUUGUGAUGUUUACUGGUUAGAUGACUUGACCUAGCCUUUUUAGGAUUCAUUGGAUGAAGUAUCAGCGAUUCAUUAAUAAUGUGGAUGGCACAUGGUUCUGUAUCCAUCCGAGAUUUUUGUAACUUAUACACUGAAUUUCGUUGUAAGAUUAUUAAUUGUUUAGAUAGAAGGAAAUAAAAGAGAUAAUUUUGCCUGAAAGAUGAACAUAUAUAUUGUGCAGUUUAUGAUUCUCUGAAGUUUAAAGUUCAUGAUGUAGCAUGCAGGAUAAUCUGUGGUAAGUAGUUUUGCAUUAUUCUGUUCUACUUAAGUUCUUCAUGCUUUUCUUUUUCAUUUAAUUAUGCAGUUGAACUUGCUGUGUUGCGCCUUAUGUCUAAAUUCUCCUACAUGCGGAGAUGCUUGUUUGUAUAAUGUGGUGCAAGUUUGGCUAGGUUAAUGAGUCACUACUGAAGUUGAGUAAUAAUCAGCAAAAUAGCAUAUAGGAACUAAUAUUUUUAUUGUGCAUACUUCUUUUUAGGCUUCCUGAUUGAAAUUUUCUCGUCAUUUUUGUAUGAAUUGAUUACUGUUUGUCCCAUGCUUCUUGUCUAAGGGGUAUGAAUAGAUUCUGUGUUAUUUGCUACAUAUCAUUUUUAGUUUUUUUGCAUCAACUCAUCUCUAGCAUCUGAUCAGUCAGUCAUGUACCUUUGGAUAUGAUCCCUAGUGGUAGCACAUGUUGUGUGUUCUCAAUAAUAUUCUUUAUGCUGUUCACCAUAGUUUGGCCGUUAUUCAUUGUUCUGCUUCACCUUGGAUAUUAGCAUAAUUUCUCAGUUAUUGAAAUGUAUAGGUAGUUUUUGAUCCCUCAGGACUGCUAAUCAGUAAUUAGCCAUUAUGGAUGGGGGGAUUUUAACAUGUAAAAGUUUGACCAUAUAAGUUUAAGUUGUUUCAUUGUGGCAGAAGUCUUAUAGCAUGCUGGAGAUUUGACCUGGUGCAGCUCAACUGUGAACCCUAUCAUUGAUGAACCGAGAAUGAUGCUGUGUUAAUUGUUAUAGGAGUUUAAUUUUUUGUACUAAAUGAUGUGUCAGAGUUGGAGCUUAUGUGUGGUGAUAACAGUUGAUGCAACAUAGCAGGAGCAUGUGAUGUCUCCUUCAACUAGAGUGACAAUGAUCUUCCUCAAACAGGAAAGCAUUUUUAUAGUUGCAUUCCUCCAACUUAAUAACACCAAAAGCCAUCAAGUAAACAGGCCCGGUACCUGGCCAUCUGAGUUGCAAUGAGUUGCAGUAACCUUGGUUUGCUGUCAAGUUUCAAUAGCUUGGACUUGGACUGGAUAAUUUGGUGCAAACUGAGGUAAGUCUAUUCUUCAUGCUGAUUGAAAUUUGGAAAAUGCAAGUACUAUGUUUGCUUUCUCUUCUGAAAUGCAUUUCAGGUAUAGCUGUACAUAGUAAAAAAAUCAUGCAGCACUCUGCUGUUUUGAAACAAUGGAGAAUUCUUCUUUAUUACCUGGAUCAGAAUUUUUAUGUUAGAUAGUUGAGAACAAUUAUCCGUAGGAAAUUCUGUAAUUGUCAAACUCGCAAAGGUAGUUCACCAUAUUCUGGGACAGAAAAGGGCCGUUGUUCUUUCUCUUUCAGCAAAUUGUUUGCUUUAUGUUUGCGAAGAAAUCAAGAAUAAGAAAGCUGACAUUCUUAAAAACUGUAGCAGUCAAAAGAACUUUUAUGUCGGAUGAACUGUGUAAAGUGUAUGAUUCUCCAA